AUGCCACUAUAUAUCCCUUACAUUAAAAAUGAGACUAGUGAAUCCUGUCCAGAUCUGAAAGGUCAAGAAUACCGUGCCAGUUUUCAUACUCACUCGUUUGCAAGAGGACCUCGAAAGAAAAUUUACCAUGGUCACUUGGAAGGAAUGGGGCCACGAAAGGGUGAACAUGCAGUUGUUAAGGUAUUUAGAGACUCACCAGGGACAGAAGAAAUGUGUGAUGUGGAAAUUAGUAAGCACAGUCUGGGAAGAAGGCUGGCAAGAAAGUUUAACAAACUGAUACCCAACCAACAAUACAAGAUCAACUUCACCCUCCCACUGAAAUCAACUGUUGAAAGGCUAGGGGUUGGAUGUUACCUGACCAGACAUAAAUCCAGGCACUUAGAUUUGAAGGAGUGGGUUUUAAUAGAGGAGAACCUCACACUUGAGAAUAAAUUCCAGGUGUUUAUUAGAAAAACAGGAGAAAGGCUGAGUGAUGAACCAACUACUCUCGAUGCAUUCCUUCAUUUCAGCUACCAUGAGAGUGGAGGCAAAUUUGUUUUGUGUGGUUUUCAGGGUAUACAGACUGAGAAUGGAUAUUUGCUGACUACCCCCUGGAUACACUGGGCUGAUACCAAUCUUUGGUCUUCCAGCGACAACGGGCUAGCCAAAAUAAGACAAGUGUUUGGCUUUCAUCAAUGCAAUAAUAUUUGCUACAAGUUUAUACGGCCGGUUGAAGAUAGCACUGAGGAAAUUGAGCAGAGCAACAACGACAAAGAAAAUAAUGAAGCGAAUCAGAAACUUGAUACAGGAAUAGAUGAACAGCACAUGGUUGAUGUUAUGGAAAGUAAUAUGUGUGAGAACAAACAAAGAGAUGCAACUCAUUUGUUGAAGAGUAAUAGCAAUGAAAAAGAUGAUCUGACAGAACAUAACAAAUGA